UCGGCUAGGACGCAUUGCCCGGUCUUGCGGCCUGACCUUCCGUGGCCUCCAAGGGGGUGCGGGAGAGGCGGGGAGCGCGCACAGGGCGCGACCCCUCCGCACGCCUCCCGCCGGCUCUCCCUGCUCCAGGCGCUCCAGACCCCAGCCCGGGCCUACGCGGUCCCCGCUGCACGACCGCAGGACGCCCCAUCGGGGCCAGGCGGGGUGGAGAGGAGGGAGCCGCACGCGGGCAGAGGGGCCAGGCCCCCGCACCGUGCGCGCCCCGCCGCCUUCCUGAGCUUUCCCAGAAGAUGUCAGGAGCUAUCUUCCCAUCCCUGGAGGGCCUGGAGGCCCCGGGCGCCGCGAGCGGCCACCCGCUGCUGUGCCCGCUGUGCCGCGCACAGUUCGAGCGCCCGUGCCUGCUGGACUGCUUCCACGACUUUUGUGCCGGCUGCCUGCGGGGCCGCGCCACCGACGGCCGCCUCGCCUGCCCGCUGUGCCAACACCAGACGGUGGUGAAGGGCCCCAGCGGGCUCCCUCCGGUGGACCGGCUGCUGCAGUUCCUGGUGGACAGCUCCGGGGAUGGCAUGGAGGUGGUGCACUGUGCCAACUGUGACCUGGAGUGCGGCAAGCAGGACGCGGAGACCACGUACUUCUGCAACACGUGUGGGCAGCCGCUGUGCGCGCGCUGCCGCGAGGAGACGCACCGGGCACGCAUGUUCGCGCGCCACGACAUCGUGGCCCUGGGCCAGCGCAGCCGCGACGUGCUCCCGAAGUGCAGUGACGCGGAGGCGGGGCGGGGGUGGGGGCCCCCACGGGCCGGGGCAGGGGGUGUGCGCGCCCACAGGGCUGAGGCCGCCCCCGGUUCCCAGGCCGUGAAGGCCCUGCAGACGGCCACCCGGGAGGCCAUCGCGCUGCUGCAGGCGAUGGUGGAGGAGGUGCGGCGCAGCGCAGGGGAGGAGGAGGCCGCCAUCCAUGCCCUCUUUGGCAGCAUGCAGGACAAACUGGCAGAGAGGAAAGCGCUGUUGCUGCAGGCCGUGCAGAGCCAAUACGAAGAGAAGGACAAGGCCUUCAAGGAGCAGCUCUCCCACCUGGCCACUCUCUUGCCCACCCUGCAGGUUCACCUGGUCAUCUGCUCUUCCUUUCUCAGCCUGGCCAAUAAGGCUGAGUUCCUGGACCUGGGCUAUGAACUGAUGGAGAGACUGCAGGGCAUCGUCACUCGGCCUCAGCGCCUCCGCCCUGUGCAGAAUAGCAAGAUCACCAGUGACCACCGCGCCGAGUUCGCGCGCUGCCUGGAGCCGCUGCUGCUGGGGCCUCCCCGGGCGCAGGGGACCGGGGGCGGCACCAACAUGCUAGCGGUGGGCUCAGGCGCCAACGUGCUGAUGGGGCCCAGCUGCCCUUCCCCAGUGGGAAAGAUGUUGGGGUCACUGGUCCAAAAGCCCACGCAGCACCGGUCCGUCAGCACCAAGGUGCUGCUGGCAGAGGGGGAGGAUACGCCCUUCACGGAGCACUGUCGCCGCUAUGAGGACUCCUAUUGGCGCCUGCAGACGGAGACGCAGAACCUGAAGGACCAGGUACAGGAGCUGCAUCGGGACCUCACCAAACACCACUCGCUCAUCAAGGCGGAGAUCAUGGGAGACAUCCUGCACAAAUCCUCCCAGGUGGACGCGCAGAUCGCCUCUGAGUGCGCUGCCCUGGAGGGGAUGAGAGCAGCCUUCCAGAAGAUUUGGGAGGAAUCCUACCAGCGGGUGGCUAACGAGCAGGAGAUCUACGAAGCCCAGCUCCAUGACCUUCUCCAGCUGAAGCAGGAGAAUGCCUACCUGACCACCAUCACCAAGCAGAUCACUCCCUACGUCCGCUCCAUUGCCAAGGUGAAGGAGCGGCUGGAGCCCAGGCUUCAGGUGCCCCCGGAGGAGCGGCCAGACCCUCCACAGCACACGCAGGAGGAGGGCGGCGGCGCGGAGACUCAGGCCAGGAGUGACCCAGUGGGUGUUGCAGAGGAGAGAGAGAAAACCUCAGAACCCAGAGGGAACAGCCGGACUCCGAACAGCCUCAAAGAAGAGCCUCCGCUGAAGAACAAAGACCCUCACAGACCCAAGCAGAAAAACGGGGGUGAGGCCCCCACACGGAGAGAGCGCCCGACUUAGCAACCUGAGGGUCGGGCAUUUAGCAGCGCGCAGGCCAAGGCUGGGAUAUUCAGGAAGGGCUGUUCCUGCCCGGGCAUAAAGGGGAAUCACUCGGCGGCGGAAAACCCCAGACCCUCUGCCCGGUCGGCCUUAAUCUCCGAUUCUUGGGCUCGAGUUAAGCGCCGCUCUUCCCCAUGUUUGCGUCACACGGAGUCUUGGGCCUCGUCAAGGGACUGGGGCGACGCCCCGUCCGCGUGGAAAACGUGAGCGGGCAGCGCGAGCCCCUCCCCUCGCUGGCCUGGCCUCCCGCCGCGUGUGAGCACCAGCCCCUGCACCGCUCUCAGACCGCAAGGCCCUGCUGGAAAGUUCCAGCCAGUGAUCUGCACGCCCGUUUCCUCCUUUCACGCGCAAAGCAGAGCCGGCUGGGGGCGGGGCGCGGGCGGCGUCUCCGCAGCUGGUUCCCGCUUCUCCGGGUGUUCACCUUCUUCUGACAGUGCAGGACGAUUCGGCACCAACUUCUCUCCAGAAAUCGCCCCUCCUACACGGUGCCCUUUCUACCCAGCAGAAGUUCACAAAUGCUUUAGGAAGGAAAAUUAACCCAGAUGCCCUGAAAUCCUAAGUUCUGGAGGUAAAAUGUCCACACAGUCACAUUUUAAGGAAAUAUCUGGCUUGAUUCGGUGGUUCAAACAGAAAAUGGACGGGGCGCCUGGGUGGCUCAGUGGGCUAAGUGUCUGACUUCAGCUCAGGUCAUGAUCUUACAGUUC